AUGUCCGCCCUCCUGCGGGAUGCCCCCGUGGGCCAACUUAUCCGCUGGGUAACGAGAAACCAGUACUUCCAAUACCCGGAAGAACAGUCAAAUUUCCAGAUCCCUCCGUCCUAUCAGACAGAAACGAAAACCGCGCGGUCAGAGGCGACUACACCUGCAAUCGAGAAGGAUCUUGAGCAUCUGCCUGGUCCCGAUGCGCUCAUGAGAGCGGACACUGCCGUAGAUCGUGAAUCAGUGGCAGCAUUAUCAGAUCGCACACUCUCGAAGAUCAUGACGCGACCAGAACUCAGCCAAGUCAACACCCGAGCCGACCUUGAAGAGGCCUACACCAAUGCGACGAGACAAGAAACACUAAAGACUCAACCCAGCCGACCAAUCAAGCCUGCAGUGACUUCUGACGGCACGAUAUUGGUUGACUGGUAUACCACCGACGAUCCCGAAAACCCACAAAACUGGUCGCGCGGAAAGAAAGCGGUGGUAGUCCUCCAAAUCUACCUGUACACUUUGGCCGUGUACAUGGGUUCGGCCAUCUUCACUCCCUCGGAACCCUACAUCGUCGAGAAGAUGGGUGUGUCCCCCAAUGUCGCAGCGCUCGGUCUGUCCAUGUACGUGCUCGGCUAUGGCAUCGGUCCUCUGAUUUUUUCACCGCUCUCCGAGAUCCCAUUGAUCGGCCGCAACCCACCGUAUAUGGUGACUCUGGGCAUUUUUGUCAUCAUCUCUAUUCCGACAGCCGUGGUGAACAGCUUCCCAGCGCUUGUGGUUCUGCGAUUCCUCCAAGGCUUCUUCGGCAGCCCUUGUUUGGCAACUGGUGGCGCGUCCAUUGGUGACAUCUACUCCCUGAUCAAGUUGCCAUACUUCUUGACCGGAUGGGCGGCAUUCGCAACCGCAGGCCCGGCCCUGGGUCCCAUCAUCUCCGGCUUCUCUGUCCCCGCCGAGGACUGGCACUGGUCGCUGUGGGAGAUUGUCUGGCUCGCCUCUCCCGUCUACAUCUCUCUCUUGUUCUUGCUCCCAGAGACGUCAGCCAGCAACAUCCUGCUGCGCCGCGCCCAGCGUCUGCGCAAGAUGACCGGCAACCCGAACCUGAAGUCGCAAUCCGAGAUCGACCAGGAGAAGUUGACGGUCAACGAGGUGGUGGUCGGCAACCUCUGGCGGCCCGUACAGAUCAACGCGCUCGACCCCGCGGUGCUGUUCACAAGCCUGUACACCGCCCUUAUGUACAGCAUCUUCUACUCGUUCUUCGAGGUGUUCCCGCUCGUCUACGCGACCGGCAACCCGGGCACCGCCACGCACGGCUACGGCAUGAACGCAGGCCAGAUCGGCCUCAUUUUCCUGUCCAUCUCGGUCGGCGUCAGCAUCGCCAUCGCCAUUUACCUGUACUAUCUGCGGUACGUUUUCGAGCCCGAGAUCAUGACCAUGGGCCUGGGCCAGCCGGAGCGGCGCCUCAUCCCCGCACUGCCCGCCAGUCUGCUGCUGCCGGUCGGCCUGUUCAUCUUCGCCUGGACGGGCAACUCGUCGCCCAAGAUCCACUGGAUCGUGCCCACCAUCGGCGUCGUCAUCUUCACCAUCGGCAUCUUCAUCCUGUUCCAGUGCAUCUUCAUCUACAUCCCCCUGACGUACCCGCAGUUCGCCGCCAGCCUGUUCGCGGGCAACGACUUUGCCAGGAGUUCCAUCGCCGCCGGCGCCAUCCACUUCUCGCGCCCGCUCUUCCACAACCUCGGCGUCGGCCGCGGCGUCAGCCUGCUCGCCGGCUUGACCGUCGGCGGCAUCAUCGGCAUCUUUGUCCUGUGGAAGUUUGGCGCCACCUUGAGAGCCAGGUCCAGGUUCGCCGCCAAAUAA